UUGGUGCAAUAAAUUGCAAUUAUUAACGUAUUUGAAACGAAUUACUGGUAGUGAUCAAUCCAAAAGAAACACAUCAAAUCAUACUUGCGCUUGGAAGAGUCGAUAGUCCCGACAUCUACCUAAAAGGGUUCUAUCACAAGAAUUCGAAAAUGUUACGAUUACCUCUAGUGAGGGCGACCAGUUUGUCGUCUGGAAGAUUAGGCAAAGCAGGAAUUCAAACAUCAGCUGUAAAGUCUCAAGAUUUAGUUGAACUGUUUAUUAAUGAUCAACCUGUUCAAGUACCACCUGGAACAACAGUUCUCCAAGCAGCAGCAAAAUUAGGCAUCGAGAUUCCUCGAUUUUGUUACCAUGAACGUUUGGCAGUAGCUGGAAAUUGCAGGAUGUGUUUGGUGGAGAUUGAAAAACAACUAAAGCCAGUAGCAGCUUGUGCUAUGCCUGUAAUGAAGGGAUGGCGAGUAAAAACAGAAUCAGAACUAACUAAAAAAGCACGUGAAGGAGUGAUGGAAUUUUUACUGGUGAAUCAUCCACUUGAUUGUCCCAUUUGUGAUCAAGGAGGUGAAUGCGAUCUUCAAGACCAAAGUAUGGCUUUCGGAAGUGAUCGUAGUAGAUUCACAGAUAUUGAAUUUAGCGGUAAAAGAGCUGUAGAAGAUAAAGAUAUUGGGCCCUUAGUAAAAACAGUGAUGACUAGAUGCAUCCAUUGUACUCGGUGUAUUCGUUUUGCUUCUGAAGUUGCUGGAAUUGAUGAUUUAGGUACCACAGGACGAGGAAAUGAUAUGCAAGUUGGUACUUAUGUUGAAAAAAUGUUUUUAUCUGAAUUAUCAGGAAAUAUUAUCGAUCUCUGUCCUGUUGGAGCAUUAACCAGUAAGCCAUAUGCAUUUGUAGCCCGUCCUUGGGAGACUCGAAGAACUGAUAGUAUUGAUAUAUCAGAUGCUGUUGGUAGUAACAUUGUGGUAUCAUCGAGAACCGGAGAAGUUUUACGAAUUCUUCCCCGUGUUAAUGAAGAAGUUAACGAAGAAUGGAUUUCAGAUAAAGCUAGGUUUGCUUGUGAUGGUUUAAAACGUCAGAGAUUAAUAACUCCAAUGAUGAAAGUCAACGGAAAAUUAGAAAAUGUUGAUUGGGAAAGUGCAUUGUUUACUACCGCACGAAAUAUGCAAAACCUCCCAUUAGGAAAAAGUGCUGUUAUUGCUGGAAAAUUGGCUGAUGCUGAAGCUCUUAUGGCUUUAAAAGAUUUGGUUAAUAAGUUAGGUGGAGAAACUCUGGCAACAGAACAACCCUUCCCUCAAGAAGGAUCAGGUAUUGAUCUUAGAAGCAGUUAUUUGCUUAAUAACAAAAUUCAGAAUGUUGAAGAAGCUGAUGUGGUUGUUUUGAUUGGUACAAAUCCAAGGUAUGAAGCUACAUUAAUAAAUACUAGACUGAGAAAAGGAUAUCUUCAUGGAGAGCAAACUAUUGCUCUUAUUGGACCCAAAGUUGAUCUUACUUAUGAUUAUCAACAUUUAGGACAAAAUCCUGAUAUUAUCGAUCAGUUAGCGAGUGGUCAACAUCCAUUCUGUGAAACUUUAAAAAAUGCUAAAAAGCCUAUGAUCAUUCUUGGAGCAGAACAAUUAACUAGAAAGGAUGGAGCUCAUAUUUUAGCUGCAACACAAAAGUUUGCAAAAGCCUUGGGGGACAAAACUAAGACCUCUGAAGACUGGAAAGUACUGAAUAUUCUUCAUACGAAUGCGUCCCAGGUUGCAGCUCUGGAUUUGGGUUAUGGAUCAACAAUUGAAGAUGUUAAACAAUUAAAACCUAAAAUUCUAUUUUUACUUGGAGCAGAUGAUUCGCAGAUCACUCGAGAAGAUUUUCCAGAUGCAUUUAUUGUUUACAUCGGAAGUCAUGGAGAUCAUGGUGCUAAGAUUGCAGAUGUUAUUUUAGCAGGAGCAGCAUAUACAGAAAAAAAUGGUAGUUAUGUGAAUACAGAAGGACGAGCACAACAAACUGGUGCUGCAUUAACACCUCCUGGAAUGGCACGUCCUGAUUGGAAAAUCAUUAGAGCUCUUGCUGAAUUUUCUGGAGUUCAUUUACCUUAUGAUACUAUUCAUGAACUACGUGGUAGAAUAGAAGAAGUUGCUCCACAUUUAGUUAGAUACGGAGACAUUGAACCUGCUAACUAUUUCUCUCAGGCUCUCCAACUAGCAAAACAAACUGGAGGUUCUUUCCUCCCAGAUCCAUUGGAUGUUAAACAAAAGUCACUAGACCAAUUCUUCAUGACUGACGUUAUAUCUCGAGCUUCACCUACGAUGGUAAAAUGCGUUCAGGCUGUCUUAAAGCAGCGUCAACAAGUUCAGUCUCAAGUUUAGAACUAUUUAUUUAUUAAGCUGUACAUAGAACGAGAAAGUCUGUUGUAUCUAGUGAUACUUCUCGGUAAUUAUUAUCUAUAUUAUAGUUUGAAUAAUUAUUAAAUUUUUAAACUAUACACUAUCAAUAAGAUAUAAAAAUUCAUAUGAAACUUAAAGUAAACCAAAAUUGUAUUUAAAUUUAUGUCAAAAAAAAUUAAAUGAAUGAUGAAUGAUUUUUUAUAAUUAUUUGUUAUUUAGUAUGACAAGUAGAUUAUAAAUAAAAGAAAAAAGCUAACCGUACUAUUAUGGUCCAGACAAUUAUGUCAUCUUCGGCAUAUACCAUAUACGGUAUCAUACCAUGGACAGUAGUCUGAUUAGCCAUUGUUAUAAUAAAAUAAUAAUACUCAA